CCAGACAAAGUGGACACCGUGAGUGCUUGGCACAAGUCAUUGAAGCGUGAUUCGGUGGUCUUCAAUUAGAAAGAUUCCAAAUACCAAAUUGAGCUCCCUUACUCAGCAGCUGUGGAUGAGGUGAUCCGAUGUUGUGAUAGGACAGGCCUUGCGCUGCGUCCGUGUGGGUCCUUCGAGCAUCCUAGAGCUGUUGAAAACGAUUUAUACCGUGGCAAGAAAAAAACGACAUAGAGUGACCCUAAUGUCAACUUGGUCCCUCCCUUCUGUGACGGAUUAGAACUCGUACCCUUUCGGAGUUGAAGUCGUCGGAGUGCUUACCUUGAAAGUGUCUGAAAUGGUCACGUCCCACCUCUUUGAUGGUGGAUGCGCACAGGAGAAACAGCGGAUCACAGAGGAGAAGCGGAAUCCAGUCUGGCACCGUGACCAGGCCUGCCAUUUUUCUCCUGAACUCUCUCGUAGUCAAGAACCAAUACCGUGGGCUGGGUGCAACUCUCGCCAUGUUUCAAAGGCUAUGUGACGUCUUCAAUUUGGAUCGGAGAACAUGAUGUCUUGGAAAUACUGAAAAGUGAAACUUCGUAUAUGAAAAACAAAUUCGAGGAUUCUCUGAAGAAAAUGGACGCAGAUUGAUCUAUUUUGCGAGCCUACAGAGUUUGCAGCAGAUGGGACCCGAGCUCUCUUGUCCGUGCUGAGAAGAUGAAGGCCGCAUCCGGAGGGAAAUAGCUCACGGAGAAGUACGCCAUCUUUCCAUCGGACAGAGUUUCUCAUCUCAUGCUCUAUCAAACGCUAGACAGUUGGCUCUUCGAUACUAAGGCACGAAUAUCAACCUAAAUUUGAACACCUCAGCGAUCACAGGAGUCAAGUUGUACAUGGUCCCAUCAAAUUCCAAGAGGCUUCACUUCUGAAGCGGUUUCCGAGAAAGGAUGAUCUAGAAUUAUCAAGUGCCAUCACGGGAGCGGAAGAGUGUGGAAAGCACUGCCAUGAGUUCACAGAUAGAGCUUGACGGUCUCACUGGUCACCUUGGAGUGAAGGCUGGAGGGAACGCAUUUGAUCGACUACAGAAUCGAGAAUAUGAGGAGCGACUAUUUCUAUCCCGUGCUGAUAGCUCUCUUUCCCAAAUUCAUGACAACUGGGACUCCGGACGAUCCAGUUCGGACAUUUAUACAGGGCUGCCAACAAGAAUGCUGAGGCUAAGAUUAUUAUCACUCCUUUCCAUGUUUCUGAGAAACGUUUGGAAGGUCGGCAGAUACUUAUCAGGAAAGUGCAAACUACGUCGGACGUGGCCACAAUCCCGUGCAAUCAGCCCAGACGAGUUCUUGGGGUUUUCAAGGUUUCCAAUUGAGCUUGCUGGGACAGAUCGGUGCUUGUCAAAGCCUGCCACAGUUAAUGGUAUAGAACUAUGCGCCUGGGUUCACUGAUGGAGGUCCGAGGGAAUACUGCCUGCAACUGAGCUUUCGGACUGGGUAAAAAUUUAUAUCCUUCGAGAGGCAUGAAAGAAACUAGUUAUGAUAUCAUGCGUUUGUUCUGCACCAAAUGAUGCAAGGGGUCAGAGAUUCGAUCAGAUGGAACCAGAGAUUUUAGGCUUGAAGAGGUACCCCGAAUGCCAGAACUGCAAGCAUUCUCUCGUGCCCUGGACGGAAUGAGCUGCAAGAAGAGAUGGGAACGAAGGAGGAGAAAGACAACUGAAUUCAUCAAAGAAGAUGGGUUCUUUUGUGCUGUAACUAUGCUUCAGAAGAAGAAUGUCAAUUUUCCCCUUCUGGACUCCGGCCAGGAGACUCGAUCAGGAGCACCGAUGAGGAAGUUACGAAAUUAACCCUGGACCAAAAUGAUGUUGGAUUCGAGGGAUGCAGAAGCUUCGUGCAGCAUGUAACAAGUGAUGUUCCGCAACAUUCUGACUUUUAUCAGUGCCUCUUACACUGGUCCCUACGCGUGGGUGUUUGUUCUUACAAUGAUGAUUUGUUGAUGUGAAUUUUGAGUGUCAUUGCCUUCGAAUAGGCGUCUGUCAAGUUGUGGGAAGAUACUCGGAUUUUUGUAGGCUCUACGUGGAAUCUUCACAUGUCCUGACGAUUGCAAAACCUC